UUUCGGUCUGUAGAGCUUCAGCGCGGUUCCUGUGAUCUGUUCAUUGGUGUUUAGUGGUUAGACAUGAGAAAGGACGCUCAAGUGUAGCUUAGGAAACUUUAUGUAACUUUAGUGAGUUUGAGAACUUGGCCGAAACUUUCUGAAUAUCUGAAGAGAAGAAUGGAGCCGAUAACAAAGUGGACAGCGACUCAGGUUGCGGACUGGAUCAGAGGGCUGGACGACAGUCUCCAGCAGUAUGUUCCUAACUUCGAGAGAGAGAAGAUCAAUGGAGAGCAGCUUCUGAAGAUUUCCCAUCAGGAUCUGGUGGAGCUGACGGUGACCCGUGUCGGCCAUCAGGAGCUGAUUCUGGAGGCUGUGGAUCUCCUCUGCGUAUUGAACUGUGGCGUGGAAACUGAUAACUUGAAGACUCUGGUAGGUCAGAUGCGAGCAGCAUCCAACAACUUGCACAACUGUGCGUCAGAGCGCAGGAAAAACCCUUCUUAUGAUGGAGGAAGUCCAAACAAACCACCUAACGUGUUCCUCACCGCUGUGGUGGAGCUGAUAGGGGCUGCCAAGGGCAUGCUGGCCUGGCUUGACAGGACUCCCCUGACAGGAAUCAGUGACUUUACAUCAACCAAAAACAAGAUCAUUCAGCUCUGUCUGGAACUGACCACAACUGUCCAGAAGGACUGCACAGUGUUUGAAAUGGAGGAGAAGAUAUUAGAAGUGUCACAAGUUUUGACCGGAAUUUGUGAUUCCACCAUGAGGAUGACCUCUGACCCCUUGAAGAGUCAAAUUACCUGUUUGGAGGAAGUCAGCAUCACUAAUAUCAAAGCAGGCGAGGGACUGGGAAUGUAUAUCAAAUCCACUUACGAUGGGCUACACGUCAUCACCGGAACUAUGGAAAAUUCUCCAGCAGACAGAACUCAGAGGAUUCAUGCAGGCGAUGAGGUGAUUCAAGUCAACAAACAAACAGUGGUGGGCUGGCAGUUGAAGAAUCUGGUGGAAAAGCUCAGAGAAGAUCCUCAGAAUGUGACACUAAUGGUGAAGAAAAGACCAUCAGGUACUUGUGGCUUCACACCCGCACUGCUGAAGAACAUGCGCUGGAGACCCCCUGCCAUCCAGAUCCCAUCGUAUGUGCCUGCCACCCAGUCAUCCAGAAAUCCUGUGCAAAUCAAGCGUCCGGAGAAACCUGCAAUUUUAGAUCUCUAUAUUCCUCCUCCUCCUUCCAUGCCAUACAGCCCACGAGAUGCAGAGACGAGUGAACACGCAGGCGUGAAGAUGAGACCAAAAGGUUCAGAGUCGCCCAACUCAUCUCUGGAUUUAGUUAGUAGACGGCGUUCAAAUAUCAGCGACUACAACAGCAAACUUAGCAUAAACCCACCUGAGGUCGGAGUCCCACAAGCACGACUGAGACAGCGGACCCCAUCUAGAGGGAAGCCGCGUCCCAUGUCCAUGCCGGUAGACACUUGCCUGGGAGUGUCGGACUCCUCCUCCAGACCCUGGGCUCUUGGAAGGAAAGGUGAUGAGGUCUUGCACAGGUAUCUGAGUAACGAACAGAUCCCCACCAUCUCAGAAGAGUCGCCCUGUUACCCGCUGCCCUACCGCCCCACAGCAGAACGCCAACUCGUCCGAGGGGUCGACCACAUCCGCGGCAGCCAGUGUUUUAUCAACGCAGACCUACACAACAGCUCCACCAUACCCUACCAGGAAGCCGUGGCUCGGAAGCCUGCAGCCAAAUCUUCCAAGAGACCCCCCUCAGAACCCUCACUGUUCAGCAGCUGGAUCGCCCGACUCAAGCUGCUCACACACUGAAUGCGCUGCUGCUGGUUGUCUGCUAUCCGUGUGCAGUAUUAUCACUUCAAAUCCGGAAUGUUCCACAGGAUCUGAAACGAGGAUCUAUUGAGAUUCAGUAUUAAAGACAUCCUCAGUGUAAUGCCUGUUACUUUAUUUAAGGUUUCAUCAGCAUUAAGGACACUACUGAAAACUCUUUCUCUGAUAAAUCAGGUCUUUAAAAGGAUUUUCACUUGGAACUGUGUUAUCAAUAAGUUAUUCAA